AUGGAUUGGGCAGAAUUUCAGCAAGCUUUUAAUGACAAGUUUUACAAUGCUGCAGUACAGUCAUCGAAGGUGGAUGAUUUUACCACCUUGACUCAAGGGAAUAUGACGGUGACAGAGGACGCACUAAAGUUUGACAGGCUUGCCAAGUUCGCGGCAGAUUUAGUGCCAACCAAUGCAACUAGAGUAGAUCGGUUUGUUCGAGGCUUAAAUCCUAUGAUAGCCAGAGAUGUAGAGAUUGUAUCAAUAGGGGGAACAGUAAUAUUCUCAGAGUGUGAUAAAUGUAAGAAGCACAACCAAGGAGAAUUUCGAGCAAACGCGUGUUAUAGUUGUGGUAAGGAAGGACACAUCAAGUGGAAUUGCCCACAAAAGUCUCAGGAAGGGGUUAAAGAGCACCACAAGAAGGACGAUAAUCUAGUUCCAGCACGUGUGUUCGCUCUCACUAAGCCUCAGGUAGAAGCAAGCACUUUCGUGGUCUUAGGUCAUAUUUUUAUCGCUGGAAUUGAUUGUCAUGUUUUAAUUGAUUCUGGAGCCACUAAUUCAUUUGUUGCUAAGAGAAUAAUGGAUGGAUUUAAUAGAUCUCAUGAGAUGCAUGCUAAUGGGUUUGGGACCAUGUUACCAACCGGGGAGGUGGUAAUAUCUGGGAAGUGGUUUAGAGCCUUGCCUUUGAAGGUAGAUUAUAGGGAGCUAUAUGUAGACUUGAUUGAGCUGGAUAUCACUGACUUUGACGUAGUCCUUGGGAUGGAUUGGCUGAAAAAGUACAAUGCUACCAUUGAUUGCAAGAAGAAAAUGGUGGUGUUUAAGCCUGACGAAGAGGAGCCUUUUACAUUCAUGGGGACAACAAUAGGACUACGAGUUCCAAUCAUUUCAGCGUUAGAAGCUGGGAAGAUGCUACAACAUGGACGCAUGGGAUUUUUGGUGAGCGUAGUUAAUAUAGCAGGAACGAUGAUGCAAGGAUUGGAAGACACAAGGAUAGUACGUAACUACUUGGAUGUAUUUCCAGAAGACUUGCCAGGAUUGCCACCACUACGAGAAAUUGAGUUCACAAUUGAGCUAGCACUAGAGACAGCGCCAAUCUCGAAAGCACCUUAUAGAAUGGCACCAGCUGGAUUGAAGGAGUUAAAGUUUCAACUACAGGAACUACUUGAACUAGGUUUCAUUAGGAAAAGUUACUCACCAUGGGGAGUACCGGUGUUAUUCAUAAAGAAGAAGGAUGGGUCAAUGUGGAUGUGCAUUGAUUAUAGGGAACUUAACAAGGUCACCAUCAAGAAUAAAUACCCUUUCCCAAGGAAGGCAAAUGUGGUAGACGACGCUCUAAGUCAUAGAAGCCAGGGGCAGGUAGUGGCUAUAAGAAAUAUACCUUCCAAGUUGAUGGAGGAACUAGAACAAACAGUGAGAUAUAAGGAACGAAUAUGUGUGCCAAAUGAUUUAGAAAUUAAGAAGGAGAUUCUUAAUGAGGAGCAUACUACUCCUUAUUCUUUACACCCAGGGACUACGAAGAUAUGGACGUGGGAAGAGAUUGCUACGGACUUUGUGGUGGGGUUACCUAAGACCACAAAGCAACAUGAUUCAGUCUGGGUGAUCCUUGAUAGGUUCACAAAAUUGGCACACUUUGUACCUGUCAGAACAGUAUUCACAGCAGAACAAUAUGCAGUGCUCUAUGUGCAAGAGAUUGUGAGACUUUAUGGUGUACCAAAGUCAAUCGUUUCAGAGAGAGACCCAAAAUUAACGUACCCGUCUCACAUUCUUACUUAUGAGGUGUUGGAUAUGCAACUAGACCUAUCAUAUGAAGAAAAGCCUAUAAGAAUUCUUAAUAAGAAGGAAAAAACAUUAAGAAAUAAGAUGAUCAGCUGGAGGUUUGAAGGAGAUCACCAAUCUGGGCUAUUGAAGGGCUACAAAUCUCAUAGGAGACAAGGGUCUGAGUUUUGGUGGCCGAAUCUUGACCUGUUUAGAGAUGUUAAUAUCUGGGUUCCAAGGGUUAGAAACAUGUUAGGAUAG